UUAUUAUGGCUGUGAGAUAAGCAAGGGCGUUUUCAACCUCAAAGGGAGGAGUUUUAGCUUUUGUUAAAACGUCUAGUAUGCUUUUUUAGCUUUGUCUUUACCCUAAAGAAUAGAGACCAGUAUUCUCCAUUUCCCCCCCAAUAAGUUGAGAAGCCACUGUCAAAAAAAGCAGGUGAUGGUCUAAUCCGAACAUCAUGUCGAGUAAGAAUAACUCACACCAAAAGCACUAGUUUUUGUAGAUAUUUCAAAGCAGCUGUGGCUUACAGUUUACAAACCAAAAGCACCUUUUUUUCAACUCCAACAUGAGCAUCUUUCAUCAUGAAGAAGAACAGCCACCAAAUCCUUCCAAAAGGUGCAAGUUUCUUGCUGCUUGUCUCACCGAUGUGUUUGCGAAUUGCCAUACCAGCAGAAAGCUUUCGGCUUCGAGCCCUGCUGGGGAGGAGUUCCUGACAAGCGACUUUGAUGAGGAACAAGAAGUUAUUGUGUCUGCCAUUCGAAGCCGUGCUAUGGAAAAACUGACGCGCAAGCCGAGCAGUUUGACAGAUAGCUUCUCUUUCGUUUACUCUUCGAAAUCAGAAGAUUUAUUCAUAACGCAGAAAGGAGCGGAAAAGCAAGAGGAUCAUGAAGAUCACGAAGGCGAUGAGAAAGAAGAAUUUUUAUCGGUUGCAAGCUGCCUUUCUUGCUGCUCAAGCACCGCUGCAACUAGAGACGUGUUUCUUUCUGUCAAGACAAGUUUGUCGCGUUGUUCGAGCCUUGGUGGGAUCGAGUUUAGAGAUUUUCCAAGGCAGUCCAUAAUUCAGCAAUUCUAUCAUUGUGAGGGCUGGCCGUUUGGGCUUUGCCGGAAGGCUGUGUUGCUUCCACCGCUGCCAAAGUCGCCCUCUGAGUCGUGGAUGUGGAGAAAAGGCACUAAGUUUGUUAAGAUGGUUUAAAGUCGGAGGUCGCCCGCACCACCACCAACAAAGGACGUUCAAAGUUCAAUGUUAUUUUGUGUUUAGAUGAUUAAAUGGAUGGAAUAAAAUGCAAAUACAAUAAAAGUUUCAGUUGUAAUGCUAUGCUAUACUUUGUAAUAAGUAAUGCUAUCAUAUAUUAAAUUUGGCCGGACUUGUCCA